AUGACGUUAAAAAUCAAUUCAUCAGACAAAUAUAACAUUGCAUUGGAGUUUUACCACACCAACCUUGUAUAUGAUAUAAUCGAAAAGUUGGCAAAAGAUAAUUUUGAACUCAUAGAAAUUUUAACCAUCGGUCAUACCAUCAAAGGCACUCCGUUGAAAAUCAUACGAAUCAUACCUGAAGAAGAAAAUGAAGAUUAUCAUAGUAUUUGGGUCGACGGAGGUACUCAUGCUCGAGAAUGGAUUACUGUAUCGUCUGUGUUGUACGUACUGGACGUGUUUGUUAACAACAGGAACUCGCUGUCGGUCACGAUGAAAAACACAGAGUUCUUCCUAAUGCCUAUUUUAAAUCCUGAUGGAUACAUGUAUUCACACAAAAAAGAUAGAUUAUGGCGGAAAAAUCUUGCCGGCACGUCGCACAAACACUGUUUGGGCAUUGACCUGAACCGAAAUUGGGAUUACGAAUGGUACGGCUUAAGUUCGAACCGCGACCCUUGCUCGGAGACGUACCGAGGCUCACAUCCGAGUUCGGAAUUUGAAGUCAAGGCCAUUAGUCGGUUCAUUGAAGAAAAUCGGUACAAAAUAAAAGGUUUUAUAACCUUUCAUUCGUACGGUCAACUAAUUCUCUACCCAUGGGCGUACACAAAGUCAAAGCUGCAAGAUCAAGCUGAUCUGCACACGGUGGGACAAAUGAUUUCCCGGGAAAUUUUAAAUAAAACUUCUACAGAAUACAAGGUUGGCUCCGCGAGAACGGCAAUCGAUUGGGCAAAAGGCAAAGCGCUUAUAAAAUAUGUAUAUGCCGUCGAAUUGGGAGACACUGGCAAAAAUGGAUUCCUUUUGCAAAAAAACCAAAUAAUUCCAAACGGACAAAAUGCUUUUUGUGUGAUUUCUGUAGUAGCCGAACAUAUUAAAGUUACAGAUCCAUCAAUAUCUUCUACGAAAUUUCAAGAGUAA